AUGGUUCUGCACAACCCCAACAACUGGCACUGGGUCAACAAGGACGUCUCGGGAUGGGCCAGGUCCUACCUUGACGAGGCCGUCGCCAAGGUCCAGGUUGAGGACGGCGAGGUCAAGGCUAAGAUUGAUAAGAUCCAGAGCAUGGAUGGAGAUGUCGAUGUCAGCCAACGAAAGGGCAAGGUGAUUACCAUCUUUGACGUCAAGCUGGUUCUCCAGUACUCUGGAUCUGCUCCCGGUGAGGAUGAUGUCUCUGGCACUAUUACCGUGCCUGAGCUCGCCCACGACACGGAAGAAGACGAGUACGUGUUUGACGUAGACAUCUUUGCCGAGUCUAAAGAGAAGCAGCCCGUGAAGGACCUUGUCCGAUCAAAGAUCGUGCCCCAGCUGCGACAGGAAUUCCAGAAGCUUGCCGGCGCCCUCAUCGCCGAGCAUGGCAAGGACAUCCAGCAUGCCCCAGGCUCCAACCCUUCAAGCGGUUUCUCGACCCCCAAGGUCCACCCCCAGAGCUCUACCCCUAAGCCCGCCGCUACCACAAGCACCCAGUCCAAGACUGGUAGCGUCGUCAACACCACCACCGUGACCGAUAACGAGGAGUUCCGAACCACUGCCGAGGAGUUGUACCAGACCUUUGUCGACCCCCAACGAAUUGCUGCCUUUACACGAUCCCCUCCCAAGGUUUUCGAUGGUGCCAAGGUCGGCGGCAAGUUUGAGCUGUUUGGCGGAAACGUCUCCGGCGAGUACCUCGAGCUUGAGCAGCCCAAGAAGAUCACCCAGAGCUGGCGUUUGAACCAGUGGCCCGCCGGUCACUUCUCCAAGCUCCACAUGGAGUUUGACCAGAACGACGUUGACCACGUUACCGUUAUGCGAGUUAAGUGGGAGGGCGUUCCUAUCGGUCAGGAAGACGUUACUAAGCGCAACUGGCUCGAGUACUACGUCAAGAGCAUUAAGCAGACCUUCGGUUUCGGCACCAUUUUGUAA